ACACUAAAAUGCAUCUUAUAUACAUCCAAAUCUUUUUUUUUACUCAGUUCCAUAUUAAUUGCCGCUGAUUUAGCACAAAGUUGUACAAAAUCAACGACAAUUAAUAUGGAUCGGAUGGAGUAGAACAUCUUAUCUUAUAAUAGUGAACUGAGGGAGUAGCCAAAUCGUUGUCACCACACAAUUGGAAGUUUGAAACAAGUAGGGGUAUGUUUUUUGACUUAUCUACUAUGUAAUGGAUGGUCAGAUUAGGCAAUGAGUGGCCCAAAUUGAAUGAUGGCUUGGGAGCCUGGAGCCUUAUUUCAGGAGUAUACUUCAGCCAGCUGAAAUAAAAGAUAAUUCUACAACGCGCAUAUUCAAGAAACAAAGAAAUUACAGCUGACCAUUGAUUGACUGGUUGACAAACAAGAGCAAAUUAUCGCCCUCAACAAAAGGACAAGCACCUAUCAGUGUCGUAUUGAAUUAUAGAAGCAUAUUGCUUCCUCUAGUUGGUUCCUAUAUACAGUAGCUGAGUAGUUUCCAUUUGUGUACAUUCCAAAGAUCAACUAGAGUGCCUCAACAAAUAUGGAAAUACACUCCACCUCUCUGCUUCUUCUAAAUCUGAUUCAUCUGUUUUUGCGGAUCUCGGCUCGUGAAUUCCUCUCGCCAGGCUCCUCUCUCUCCGUAGAGGAUAGCUCUGACGUGCUCCAUUCACCAGAUGGUACUUUCACCUGCGGCUUCAACAACAUUUCUGGGAAUGCCUUCGUUUUCUCUAUUUGGUUCUCCAACACAGCUCAUGAAAAGACUGUCGUCUGGAGUGCAAAUCAUCUCCACCCCGUGUACUCCUGGGGAUCCCAAGUCAUGCUAUAUGCAGAUGGCAGAAUGGUUGUAAAAGAUUACAAUGGCCAGGCCGUGUGGGAAACCAAUGUCAGUUCUUCAUCAAAAGCCGAACAAGUCCAGUUGUUGGACACCGGGAACCUCAUCAUGAAGGGCCAAGGUGAUAUCAUUUUGUGGCAAAGUUUUGAUUCUCCUACUGAUACAUUGCUGCCAAAUCAGAACAUUACUUCUGCUACAAAGUUGGUAUCUGCUAAUAGGUUACUUGUUCCUGGGCGCUACAGCUUCCAUUUUGAUGAUCAACAUUUACUCACACUGUUUUAUGAUCAGACGGAUAUCUCUUUUAUCUAUUGGCCAGAUCCUAAUAAGAAUAUCUGGGAAAAGCAAAGAAGCUCAUUUAAUACCACCACAAUUGGGGUCCUAGAUAGCUCAGGUUAUUUCCUUGGAAGUGACAAUUUAACUUUUAAGGCGACUGACUGGGGUCUCAAGGUUAUGAGGAGGCUAACAUUGAAUUAUGAUGGCAACCUUAGAUUAUACAGUCUAAAUAAGUCAGAUGGAAGAUGGUCGGUCACAUGGAUGGCAUAUCCUCGGACCUGCUCUGUACGUGGUCUCUGUGGUAUGAAUGGAAUAUGUGUGUAUACACCUAGGCCAGCUUGUGCAUGUGCCCCUGGACAUGAGAUCAUUGACCAAAGGGACCGGAGCAAAGGUUGCAGGCCAGAAUUCAAUCUCAGUUGUGAUGGGCAGGAGAUGUUUGUGAAGCUACACAACACCGACUUCCGAGGUAAUGAUCAAAGUAGCAGUACAUCAGUUUCAUUCCAUACAUGCAGGAAGAUAUGCUUGAACAACUGCAAUUGCAAAGGUUUCUCAUACUGGCAGGGAAGUGGAAGUUGCUAUCCAAAGUCAUCCCUUGUUGGUGGUGUAACCAGCCCGGGUUUGGGUCAUUCUAUCUAUCUCAAGCUUCCCAAGACAUUACAGGUCUCAGAGUCCUCAAUUCCUCACUCACAACCUUUUGGUCAUAGAUAUGCUCCUAACUGUAGUGCAAAGAACAAAAUUUUCACUACAGAUUUUCUGGAUCAACCUAAGAGCAGUCAGAGUGGAUCACACCCACAGUACUUGUACUUGUAUGUAUUCUUGUCAGCGAUAUUUUGUGUAGAGGUAAUAUUUGUGGCAUUCGGAUGCUGGUUUGUGCUGAGAAAGGAGGGCAAGCAGUUAACAGGAGUAUGGCCAGCUGAGGUUGGCUAUGAAAUGAUAACUAACCAUUUCCGCAGAUACACUUACAAGGAGUUGCAGAGGGCAACUCGAAAGUUCAAGGACCAGAUUGGAUGCGGGGCAUCUGGUAUUGUAUACAAGGGGGUCUUGAAAGACAAGAGGGUAGUAGCGGUGAAAAGGUUGGCAGACAUAAACCAAGGCGAAGAAGAAUUCCAGCAUGAACUGAGUGUGAUUGGAAAGAUUUACCAUAUGAAUCUGGUGAGGGUUUGGGGGUUCUGUUCUGAUGGUCCACACAGGAUAUUGGUCUUAGAGUACGUUGAGAAUGCUUCGUUGGAUAAAACCCUGUUUAGUAGCAAGGCCCCACAGAUCUUACUCGAAUGGAACCAAAGAUUUAAGGUUGCCCUAGGGGUGGCAAAAGGAUUGGCCUAUCUUCAUCAUGAGUGCUUGGAAUGGGUUAUCCAUUGUGACCUGAAGCCUGAGAAUAUACUGUUGGAUGAAAACUUGGAGCCAAAGAUCACCGACUUUGGCCUUGCAAAACUUGUGAACAGAGGUGGAUCCAAUAAAAAUGUAUCGAGGGUCCGUGGAACUAGAGGUUACAUAGCUCCUGAGUGGGUUUCUGGCCAUCCAAUAACAGCAAAGGUAGAUGUCUACAGCUUCGGAGUGGUUCUCCUAGAACUACUCAAGGGGGCUCGUGUUUCAGACUGGGCAUCAAAUGCCGACGAGGAAGUGGAGACAGUCCUUGGAAGGGUUGUUAGGAUGCUUACAGAAAAUCUGAUGCUGGAGCUGGAGGGCAGCCAACAGUUAUGGGUGGCUGACUUCAUUGACUUGAGGUUGAACAGCCAGUUCGAUAACUUGCAAGCAAGAAUGAUGGUCAAGCUGGCUGUUUCAUGCGUGGAAGAUGGUAGAAAAAGGCCCACCAUGGAAAAUGUUGUGCAGAUGCUUCUUUCGGUUGCUUGAUGAAGCUAAGUGGCAUGAUGCAGCAGUAUGCAUACUACCAACCAAAAAAAAAAAGAUUUUGAUGUUUGAUAUAGUACACAGAGCUUAUUCUUGGAUCCAAAACAAGAUCUCUAUGAUGUGUUAGAAAUAAAGCGCAGGUCACUUUGCAUAAGUAGAUUCUGCCGUCCAAGUGUCUGAUCGAGUAGUAUUAAAUUAGCAGUUUUAUUUUGGCAUUUCGUCCAGAUUACUAUUCGAGUUGGUGUCCUGUUGAGUGGUGCUGCUGUAUAGAUGUGUUGGCCGCCGAGUCAGUAAGCACUAGCCUUGUAACUGAUACUCCGAUAAUAAAGUAAAAAGAGACAGAAAAGCAGCAAAUUCUGCUAGCUGCACCAAAAAUCGAUCAAUCUGUUUGUUAGCCAGUUUCUGUGCAUGUCUAGCUUCUGUAGGUCCUUCCCACCAAAAUAACUAACUCGGGAAGAAUCGAUCAGCAAAAUCCAUCAGCUUCAUGCACGAAAGACUUCUCAGCUAGUCACGUGCGGCUCUGGUGUAUCAGUGACUUGAUCAACACCAAGCGGGCUCAAUACUAACAUGACGUGUGUCCAUGUAAAUCAACUGUCAGAAAUGAUCUAACCAUAUAAUAAUCUGAGAAAAAACAUGGGACAAAGUCUCCUCUAACGUUUGUGCUUCCAUUGGGGGCACCCAUAACCAACGAUGGUUUGGGACCCUGGACCCUUGGUGCCACAAAUAGAAGGGGGAGGUCGUGCCCCUUUGGAAUACAGAUACAUACAUGGGUUAAACACUCUAUACUGAACCACUGGUCCUAAAAGAGCAGUAGAGCACUAAAGGGGAUCAGCAAGACGUCUACUCCUGUUGGCCAGCACGAGGUCAAGGCUGGUGGCGCUCAUGCAUCAUCACAGCUGCCGCGAGGGUCAUGCCAGUGAGGCUCUUGGACCCUGCUGCUGCUCUUAUAUCACCGCGGCUACACCGAACCUUCACCACGCAUGCAUCGAGCAGGCACGA